GAUCUCUCCAUUUUUCAUAUUUGAAAAGGAAUCGCACAUAUCUUCAAGCAUUUUGUUUAGAGUAAGAAUAGUAAGGACUACUGGCGGCUUAGUUAUUUGGCAGGAGAUGGUUGGUUGGUGCUUGUUCACUUUUCAGUGUUGCCUAGAUUAAAGAGUAUUCAUAAUAUUCAUGAAGGAUAUAAUCAAGCUUAGGUCCCUGACUUAUAAAAUUAUUGGGUUUGGAUGUAGUAGUUCACCUUUUGAAGUUAACUUUCAAGCAAUAAUUACAUGUUAACAUGGAACAACCCCCAGCAAUUGACUUCAUGUCAGCUGUCAAGCAGGAUUGAUUCAACACAGUAGAAGACUUCCCUGGGAAUCAUCAGGUACUUAAAGAUCAAUGGGUGUAUAUGACUUUUCACCUCAUCUAAAGUGGUUCCAUGUCUUGUUUGGACUGUUCCUGUAUUCUACGUACACCAGUUGAGUCAAUCAGACCAGAAAAGCAAUCUCAGAGCAGCAGCCAUGAAUCCCUGGCUGAUUCUGAGCUAGCCUGGAUUCCCCCAUCUAAAGGAGGGAAUGAAACAAUAUUUUGUUCCUCCAACGUCUCUCAUUAUGAACUCCAGGUGGAAAUAGGAAGGAGAUUCAACAACUUAACUUCAGUCUACCUUGCACGGCAUACCCCUACAGGCACACAAGUUGCCAUAAGGAUCACAGACCUAGAAAGCUGCUCAGAAGAGCAUUUGAAAGCCUUACAGAAUGAGGUGGUUUUAUCCCACUUUUUCCAGCAUCCCAACAUAAUGACACUUUGGACAGUGUUUACAGCUGGUAGUUGGCUUUGGGUCAUUUCUCCAUUCAUGGCCUAUGGUUCUGCUAGACACCUGCUGAAGACUUACUUUCCUGAAGGAAUGAGUGAAGCUUUGAUAGGGAACAUCCUGUUUGGUGCAAUCAGAGGAUUAAAUUACAUGCACCAGAAUGGCUACAUUCACAGGAAUAUUAAAGCUAGCCACAUUCUGAUUUCAGGGGAUGGACUGGUUUCUCUCUCUGGCUUAAACAACCUCUACAGUUUAGUUAACAAUGGACAAAAGUCAAAGGUGGUGUAUGACUUUCCUCAGUUUAGUACAUCUGUACUUCCUUGGCUGAGCCCUGAGCUACUGAGACAGGAUUUGUGUGGGUAUAAUAUGAAGUCUGACAUCUACAGUGUGGGAAUAACAGCAUGUGAAUUAGCCAAUGGACAUGUUCCAUUUCAAGAUAUGCCUCGCACCCAGAUGCUGCUGCAGAAGCUGAAAGGUCCCACAUACUAUCCCUGGGAUAUAAAUGCCUUCCCCCAUGGGGAAUCCAGAAUGAAGAAUUCCCAAUCAGGCGUUGAUUCUGGAAUUAGUGAGAGUCUGACACGCACAAUGACGAGCGAAAGACUACAAAGUCCUGUUUCCAAAACAUUUUCCCCUGCAUUCUACAACUUGGUAGAACUUUGCUUGCAACAGGACCCUGAGAAAAGGCCAUCAGCAAGCAGUUUGCUUUCUCAUACGUUCUUCAAACAGGUAAAAGAACAAACACAGAACUCGCUCCUGUCCCUAUUACCACCCCCUGUUCAAAACAACAGAUCAGAGUUCUUGACGCUGCCCUCGGCAGCAGCUGAGGCUGAACCUGGACGUAUUGCUGCAACUCAACAUGAUACAGCCUGGGAAUUCUAAGUAGAUACCAAACGAUCAUACCUCUCUUGUGCUUCAAAGAAGGAAAAUGUGAUUUCUACUUGCUGCUUUAGUUUGUAUGGUUAAAAUACGGUUAGACACUGUGCACUUGAAAAUGCAGUUAAAGUGGCCAUAUUCCAUUAACUUCAUCAUAUGUUUGCAUCAGGAAGUGCAGUAUGCCUCAUUUUGUCAGAUCUCAAGCAAAACUGCAUGUAGGAGAUAAGAAUUCAAUUGUUCUCCUCUUUUGAAAUACUUAAUGUGAGGGUUCCUGCUGUAUCUUUACUUUUUACUGCACUUUUUAAGCUCAUAUUACUGCAGUCCAAGUGCCUUUCUGAAUUCAGGCUUUGUCUUUUGUCUACAGCUUUUCUUCAGUAAUCUAUUUAUCUUUCAUUGUUGCCUAAAUUAUCUUAGUGAAGAGUAAUGGUCCAUUUUCAAGCCUAAAUUUGAAACUGCAGAAAUGAAUUUCUUAUACAAAUCGUGUUUCUUUUUCCUGCCUCGCAGAAGGUGUGUUGGCCAGUUGACAUGCUGUCAGUGUUUGCCCUGAAUUAGCUAGCAAGACUUUCCUGCAGUUUCAAUACUGCAUGUUGACCAAAGAAGCUAGUUGAAAACGCUGUUGCAUUUUUCUGCAUCCUUAAUACAGAUCUGUGCUUUUGCAUCUUCAUUUAGUCUUGCAUCAUCUUAACUAGCAAUUUGAGAACCUCCGAUAAUGUAAAGGAAGUCUUAAGUUAUAACACAUAUAGGUUAAUUUUGAAGACUUGUUAAAUGAUCUGAAGUCACUGUAUGUGUUUUUGUUUAUACUGUGUACCAAGAAUUAUCUGGACCUAAUAUUGUUUUCUCAAAAGAAGUUACAAGACACAUUAAGCUUCAUCCGUGUUACUGCUUGCAAACAUCUUCUGCAGUCAGAUUCCCAUGAUUCAACUCAGAGCACAAAUUCACAAGAAUCUGAGAGGUUUCAUUGUCUCUUCCCUGAGGAAAAACUGCCCUUGUGCCCACAAAAAUCACUAACUUCUCAUCUCCCACACUACACCAAGCAACUCAAGCUGAACAAAAGCAGCAUUAUUUAUUUAUAUUUUUUAAAUUAAAACUGCAACCUCAUCAUGUUUUAGAAAAAGCUGUGUCCCAAGCCAUUACUACUUGCUGACAUAGGUUCUAACAAUAGUGAAAAUGUAUAAAUAGUGAAUGGAUACAUUUCAGUUUUUCAACACACAGAAAUUCCACUGUGAAGUGCUCAAAUCUGACAUAGCUGGGCCUAUGUGUAACCAGCCCUGCAAAUGCUUCUGCUUUGCCAGCAGCUUCUCUUCAAAGUCUUGAAUGCACUGGAAGGCACAAACAAUUCUAAACAAUCACACUGAAAUAUUAACAAAAUACUUGACACUACUCGUUAUGCUGUGAAGGGAACUCAUAGUUCAGAACAUAAUAGGUACAACUGAGCUUAAGAGCCUCUCAAUAAACUUACCCUGUCUGCCUCCA